AGGACAUCAAGAUGUUGGGGAUACCGCGGAAGAUACCAUUGUCUUCAGUCAGUCCUAGACAGGCUUGCUGCAUGUUGCACAUUUCGUGGAGCUUGGUGACCUUCUUGUGGGUCAGUCUUUAUGUUGCUUGCGCCAGCGCGGCUACGGCGAAAAAUGAGCAAAGUAAAAGCCACUUGACAAAGGCUCUGAUGAAAACGGUUUUGCCUACUUUGCAGGCAGGAGCAGCUCCUCCGACUUCCAAAAAGAGAACCACAACGUCUUCAACAUCAACUAGUACAAUUAGAAAAAACAGGAAGAAAAUGAAAAACAAAAACUACAGUACGCCGUGUCGGAAAAAAGCAGUUAAUGACCUUCAUAUCGAAUUGGCCUCGUUAAAGAGCACUUACUGUAAGAACAAACUGGUGGAUUUCUAUUGUUCAGAACUGUACGAGGACGCAGUGAACACCUUUCCACAGUGCGCGCAUAUGCGAGACCAGACCAUGAAUAUGGAUUUCUUCGAAUGUUAUCCUGAGCUUGACGGCGGAGAUGUUGUUGGUGCAAGUGGAAACUACAGGAGCAAAACAAGAGACCAAGAAAAUGGUCCUGCAAAGAUAGCCUACUUCCUCACUGUCAAUGAAAAUACUCGAGCGAUAUGGAACCUUCAUCCGCUUAUAGUCGGUUCCACCUCUGACAACAUUCUUCUCGUGCACGUGGAUGCGAAGGUCCUCGUGGUCAAUAAAAAGAAGAACAACUCUAUUAAGCUGCAGGUGCACGACAAUCUACCUCGAAACACCUUCAUACUACCCAGAUCCUAUGAGAUUGUCAAAGGAGGGAACACAUUGUUGAAAACGAAGCUGUAUGCGAUGGCUUUUUUGUUGAAGCAAAAUUUCGACUUUUUCAUCCCGAUUAGCGAGACGCAUCUGGUUUUAAAACCAGGCAUCGAAAACUUUCUAGCUCUCUACCGAGGUUGGAACUUCAUCGCGAUGGACCCCUGUUGGCAGCACAUGUGUGCGAGACCCUUAGGGUUUAGCUGCGUUGAUGAUGAUGAUUCGAAUCAUGGUGACGAAAGCGCGAAGACUCUGAAGCAGGUGAAAGGUAUAAAUGACGAUAUUGCGCAAGGAAAACUGGCUACUUCCUCAAAGGAGAACUACAAGAAAACUAAUAUGAAUGGAGGAGUAUCCAUGACUUUCAAACGUUCCUUAGCGAUGCACAAGCCUCUGAGAUUUCGGCAGAGGUUCGCGAGAGGGCCUGAGUGGGUCAUUUUAGCGAGGGAUUUUGUGCAAGAAAUAGUCCUGGAGGGCAUGGGUAUUGGAAAUAACGGAAAUCCAGACUACAGCAUCAAUGACAGUGAGCUGUUGUUUUCGCCUGGUGGAGAAGGGAGGGAAUGGGUUCUUAACGGUCUAACGUUGGACAAGGACACGAUUCCUUCUAGGAACAACCGGUUGCAGCAGACACAGGCACAACUACGAGCACAUCAAGCAGAAAAUCUAGAGAAUCUAAAUCCCACUACGAAGGACAUUGACUACAAAAUCCCACCAGCCAGUUGUACCGCCACGGAUGUAAAGAACAUCUUCACACCUGCUGAAAGUAGAAAGGACAUGCUCUAUCUAAUCCGUGACGCUCUAGCCCAGUACCAGUCCGAUGAGGCCUUCUUCGCCCAAGCCAUCCGCCAUUCCGAAUCUAGUUGGGAUCGACACAUCAAUGCAAACCUGCACUUGAAUGGUUUCCUAGUUCACAAUACUGCAAAAGGAGAACCUCCAUCGUCUAGUAUGGAAAGAGUUUUCCAUGGCCCAUUAGACGAGAUAGGAACAAAUAGUCCUGGGUAUUUAGAGGAUUUCAUACGAGGACGUUCAUCUACUGGCAACAAGGGGGACAAGAACAUCCACGGACUGUCUACCGCAUCUACCUCUUUGCAAGCAGCCGCCAAAUGGAUUCAUGAUAACUUUUUUGAGCAACAAGAAAUCCAGCACGAAUACUUUUUUGCACGGAAAGUGAAAUUAUCGGAGAAUCAGAAACGAUACCUUUUUCCUGGAAGAACGGAGGAUGGUUCAGGGAUCAGUCGUAUCCUUGACGGGGGGACACAUAAAGCUUUGAAGACUUUGACCGUGUCGCACAUCAGAGAUCAUCAUUUUGAUCGUUCUGCAGCGGGAGCGUUGAAAAUAGCGUUCACACUUCAACACUAUAUGAGCGUUCCUGUUUCCCUUGACGGUGCGUAUUCGCCAUUAACUAUUCCAGUAUCAUGCGACACAAGCCAACAAUCUUUUCUGCUGAAAGAAAGGAUAAUGCAUUUCUCUGGUAGCAGUUCUCCGUUGCGUGCGAUACGCAUAGGGCUGGAUUGGGGAAGUUCAGGCGUAGGUGGACGCGAACGUGAGAAUCCUGAAGAAGGGGCUGUCCCCCUUCGAGGUAAGCUGUACGACGAUUUCUCUUCAACAGAGGAUCAGACUCGUCAGAGCAGAACCGGAAGAACGAUCGAUGAAGAUUUAGAUUCUUUAGAUUAUGAAGACGACGACAAGGACGUCGUGCCCGUGACCACAAAUUUCUCCGCACGUCCGAAGAAGAAGCCUUAUGCUAAAUCUACAAAGCUGACCAAAGCAACCUUCCGAAUAGCGCAGUCCCUUGGCGAAAACUUUAGAGGAAAUGUGGUAUCAGUGAUUCCAUAUUUGCACACUUUUGACGUUGCACUAUAUUGGGCGAAUCGAUUCCGGGAGAGGAACAAGGAGAAUGCUGCGUCGAAAGCCAAAAAAGCAGAGGAUGCGUCUACUUCAAAGGUGGAGCCGCGACAUGAAUCUUUCAAAUAUACGGUGGAAAUCUUUGAGAUUCUAGUAGAAGAGGCGGAACAACGCGUACGUGCUGAUCAGGGGGAUUCGAGUGUGCGACAAAAGCAAUCUAAAGAACCUAAAAAGGUGCAAAACAAGCAAAAGCAUGAGCAGCACCUUAGCUCGACUCGACAGCUGUACGCGAAGAUAACGACGAAAAUGCCACCAAAAAAGGCAUCCGGUGGAGAGCUGUUUAUGUCCCACAGUGGAUCGUCGACUCCUGUCCACGUGCUACGAUUUCCUGGCAUUAAAAAGCGUGGAAAGUACGUCCUUCGAAUACCAGAAUAUGACGAAGAAGUUGCCUUUUGGGUCGUCGAUGAGGCUGAUGAUUUAGAUGCUGGUGGUCAAUGCGCUGGAAAAAUAGGUGGUCAAUGCUCUUUUUUAGAUGGAAAGAGUGAUCCGUUAGAUUUAUUUUUUGGUAAAAGCGAAAGUGCAAUGUCAUCUAAAGACGAGAUGAACAACAAGUUGUCCACGGCAACAUGCAUGUCAACUUUUCGAACUGAAGAAGAUCUAAAUCUGAUGGAAGUGUUUGAUGUCGUUUGACGCAUCUUUUUUAGAUUUCUUUUGAUUUUUCGGCACUGAAUUGAAACAUAGGAUUCGG